UACCAAUACGAGAUGCUAAGGAGGACGUGGGUCUAUAGGCAAGGGGGUAGAAAUUUACUUUCUCCUCGUGCACUUAUUCCCUCAGGAGUUUGCUGGUGAAGGAAGGGGAAGGAUUUCCUCCCAAGGUUCCCAGCAGUAAUAGAACACUCUGCUUGUUUUUCAGGUGGGAUGGAUAGCAGGAUCUCGAGCACAGCCAGCAAUGGGGAGACAAAACCAGUGUACCCUGUCAUGGAAAAGACGAAGGAAGAUGGUACCCUGGAACGGGGGCACUGGAACAACAAGAUGGAGUUUGUGCUGUCAGUAGCCGGGGAGAUCAUUGGCCUAGGCAACGUCUGGAGGUUUCCCUAUCUCUGCUACAAAAAUGGGGGAGGUGCCUUUUUCAUCCCCUACCUCAUCUUCCUCUUUACCUGUGGCAUUCCUGUCUUCCUCUUGGAGACAGCACUGGGCCAGUACACUAGCCAGGGAGGCAUCACAGCUUGGAGGAAGAUUUGCCCCAUCUUUGAGGGCAUCGGCUAUGCCUCCCAGAUGAUUGUCAUCCUCCUCAACAUCUACUACAUCAUUGUCCUGGCCUGGGCCCUCUUCUACCUCUUUAGCAGCUUCACCAUCGACCUUCCCUGGGGAAGUUGCCACCAUGAGUGGAACACAGAAUCCUGUGUAGAGUUCCAGAGGACCAAUGGCUCCCUGAAUGUGACCUCUGAGAAUGCCACGUCUCCUGUCAUCGAGUUCUGGGAGAGGCGGGUCCUGAAGAUCUCUGAUGGCAUCCAACACCUGGGGGCCCUGCGUUGGGAGCUGGCCUUAUGCCUCCUGCUCGCCUGGGUCAUCUGCUACUUCUGCAUCUGGAAGGGGGUCAAGUCCACGGGCAAGGUGGUGUACUUCACAGCCACAUUCCCUUACCUCAUGCUGGUGGUCCUGUUAAUUCGAGGGGUGACGCUGCCUGGGGCAGCCCAAGGAAUUCAGUUUUACCUGUACCCAAACCUCACGCGUCUGUGGGAUCCCCAGGUAUGGAUGGACGCAGGCACCCAGAUUUUCUUCUCCUUCGCCAUCUGUCUAGGGUGCCUGACAGCCCUGGGCAGCUACAACAAGUACCACAACAACUGCUACAGGGACUGCAUCGCCCUCUGCUUCCUCAACAGCGGCACCAGCUUUGUGGCCGGAUUUGCCAUCUUCUCUGUCCUGGGCUUCAUGUCUCAGGAGCAAGGGGUGCCCAUCUCUGAGGUGGCCGAGUCUGGCCCUGGCCUGGCUUUCAUCGCCUACCCCCGGGCUGUGGCGAUGCUGCCCUUCUCUCCUCUCUGGGCUUGCUGCUUCUUCUUCAUGGUCGUCCUCCUGGGACUGGACAGCCAGUUUGUGUGCGUAGAAAGCCUGGUGACGGCGCUGGUGGACAUGUACCCCCGUGUAUUCCGCAAGAAGAACCGGAGGGAGCUUCUCAUUCUCGGCGUGUCUGUCGUCUCCUUCUUUGUUGGGCUGGUCAUGCUCACAGAGGGCGGUAUGUACGUGUUUCAGCUCUUUGACUACUACGCAGCCAGUGGCAUGUGUCUCCUGUUUGUGGCCAUCUUUGAGUCCCUCUGCGUGGCUUGGGUCUAUGGAGCCGGGCGCUUCUACGACAACAUUGAAGAUAUGAUUGGGUACAGGCCAUGGCCUCUUAUCAAAUAUUGUUGGCUUUUCCUCACACCAGCCGUAUGCACAGCCACCUUCCUCUUCUCCCUGAUCAAGUACACGCCACUGACCUACAACAAGAAGUACACAUACCCGUGGUGGGGUGACGCCCUGGGCUGGCUCCUGGCUCUGUCCUCCAUGGUCUGCAUUCCUGCCUGGGGCUUCUACAAGCUCAGCACCCUCAAGGGCUCCUUCAGAGAGAGAAUUCGCCAGCUCCUGUGCCCAGCUGAGGACCUGCCUGGAUGGAACCGAGCAGAACCCUCUGCCCCCGCCACACCCAGGACAUCACUGCUCAUACUCACAGAAGUGGAGUCCCACUGCUAGGUCCGCAAGGCCUCGGAUCAUGCCCGUGGGCCUGGCUGUGGGGACAGCUGCAGAAGGGGAGGGCAGAAGCAGCCCCGCUGUGCUUCUCUGCCUCCUCCCGGGGCAGAUGAGAAGGAGGGUUUGGAAUCCACCUUGGGUUGGGCGCCUGCCACUGGAACGUCUCUGCUUCAGGGGUGGCUGUACAGGUGUGAGAUGCUGGUAUCGAGGGCACCCCUUUCGCAACAGGCCUUGGGAAGCCGGGUGAGGGCCAGUGGGUGGAGUGACAGCCCCGUCCCUCUUACCCUUCAUUCCAUUAAAUCCAUGUUCUUCCCACCGACUGCCAGAGGCUCUGCCUGGUUCCUGCCCCUCUGCCUUGUGGCCUUGGCCACUUCCUCACUUUACAGCUGUGGCCUUAGCGGCC